CUUCAGCGGGUAGGGAAAAUCUACGGUAGUCACUCUCUUCCGUAAGGGAAAAGGGAUUGUUUUGUGUCUGCGCGCAACACUGGAAAUGAAGCCUUCCUUCUUUAUGGUACGACGAAGUCAACUCACUGCCUCACUGUUCGUGCACGCUUGUAGAACAAAUUUAAAUGUUUGUUUCACUAAUUUAAUAACAGAAACGUUCAUAAACUGGUUUGAGCUUCACUAGAUAAAUCAAUUACUCACUCAAAUAUCAACAAAUCUCAUUUCGCUCAAAAUUAAGGGAUCUGCAUUAUCAUGUAUGGUUGGCCAAAUGACUUACGGCAAACGUCAAUGGGAACGAUAUGAUUCUCAGAUGAGGAGAAUCAUUCCUAUUAUGUAUGACACAAUGAAAGAAUUGAUGAAUUUGAUUGAUGCAGAUACAUCAGCUUUUAAUGAUUACAUGGCUGCUUUAAAAUUGCCAAAAGAAACGCCUGAAGAUCUAGCUAUGAGAGGAACUGCAAUGGAGGCAGGACUGAAGAAAGCAAUAACUGUACCCAUGUCUUUAGCAAAAUAUGUUAGCAAGUUGUGGGAACCUCUCAAAGAACUUGCUGCUGUUGGAAAUUUUGGCACAAAGUCUGAUUUGCAGGUUGGAAUUCGUUGUUUGGAAACUGGUGUCCUUGGUGCUUAUUACAAUGUUACCAUAAAUGCUGAAGGCAUCAAAGAUGAAAAAUACAAAAAUGGGGUCCUGAAUGAAAUAGAGCAAUACAGAUUACUUGCGGAUAGAGGUUGCCAAGAAGCUUUGCAAAUUUUACAAGAAAGAAGAGCUUAAAUAACACAGCACAAUGAAUUGCUUGAUUGGUUAAUGUCAUUCCUAAUCUUGUAAAAAGUGUUACAUUGUAAAUUAUUAUCGAAAUGCUCUGUACCAGCCAUAUGUUUAUGUGCAUACAGAUGUGUAUAUGAGUGCAACCAUUUAAAUUCUUUAGUUUACUACAAAAAAUUAAAACUAAAAAUAUUAGGACAUUUUUAUACUUUUUCAUUCUAUUGGUAUUUAUAGCAAUAUGUAUUCAACAUGUGCCAACAUUAGAAAUAAUUUCGUACUAUGUAAAUUUUAAAUGUUAAUUGUUAUGUUAAACAUUCUAAUGAAAUAUAUGCACAUACAUUUAAUGGCUUCAAGCUGACUUUGCAUUAAAGUUUUAUAAUACUAAAAAAAAACUUCACUGCACAAAAGUUUUUUUGUACACAAACUAUAUCUUGUUUCAUUGUUCAGGGCCACUGAGAGGGUAUGUCUGCCAAGUCGGAAACUGAUAGCCCACCCGAGGCCUUCGAGAUAGGAAGGCCAUCCAACCAGCAAAUGACGUCAUCGUUUGUCGAUCCACAAUGAUA